AUGGCAUCUUCUGAUAGUCAGGUGAAAGAGCUGGAGAAGCGUGCUCCUGGACAGGCUUUUAAGCUGAUUCUCAGCCCUCGGUCAAAAGAAUCUGUCCCCGAGUCCCCCCCCCUCCCCCCCUAAAAGAAGAAGGAUCUUUCCCUGGAGGCAAUUCAGAAGAAAUUAGAAGCUGCAGAAGAAACACGCAAGUCUCGUGAAGCAGAAGUCUUGAAGCAGCUUGCUGAGAAGCGGGAGCAUGAAAAAGAAGUGCUCCAGAAAGCCAUUGAGGAGAACAACAACUUCAGCAAAAUGGAGGCUAACAAAGAGAACCCAGAGGCGCAAAUGGCUGCCAAGCUGGAGCGUUUACAAGAGAAGGACAAGCACGUUGAAGAGGUGCGGAAGGACAAAGAAUACAAAGACCCUGCGGACGAGACCGAGGCUGACUUAAGUUGCUCGGAGAACUGA